AUGCCUCCCGAACUUGAGCUAGCUACAAAGUGCUACGAAAGCUACAGAAUAGAAUCUUCGUGGCAAAUGCGCACGGUCUAUAUUACUGGGGGUGUUUGGUACAUCACAACAACUAUAUUAUUGUUGAGAGCUGUCAGGGAUCGAAAAAAUCGAUAUGUACCUGCUCAUGCUAAUUUUAAGGUUGGUUUGUCAAAGGGGCCCUAGCAUUAGCCUUAAUCUUAGCCUUAGCCCUAGCUCUGCCUGUAAUGCUUACAGUAUGAAUUUUGUUUCAAAGGUUGUAAAAAGUACCAUAGCUUCAUUGACGAACCCUAACUUUAUCAAUUUUUAGAUAAUAGUGACAAACGCCACUGUAGCAAUAUUCUGUCAAACAGUACCCCCGUCUUUUUCGGUAUGGGUAGCUGUCUACAAGUCGUUUACAGAAACCCCAGAUAAUUGUAAAACAUUGAUUGGUGGGUUAGAAUGUGUUGCUCUACGAGGGGCGAGUUUAAUCACGGUACCUUUACUAACUCUACUUCAUAUGGUGACGUUGGUUGAGCGACUGUGCGCUUACUUUCAUUCAGAACGGUAUGAAAAACGGUCGAAAUGGUAUGGUAUUGCGUCUGUUCCACUUGCUGUAAGUUUGAGCUACUUCUGAGAAAUGCGAAACAAAGUGAAGCGGGCUAGUUUUAUGAAACCACAGUAAUUCUUGAGCUACAGAGUCUUGGUGAUGCUCUCCUCAAGAAUUCAGGCCGUAUCCGGGAGCGUGUGUAGGUCAAGCAACUAUACUGUAUAUAAAAAUAUUUUCAGUGGAUGCUAGCAGCGUUAACAAUGUACUACGUGGUUAAGUUAGAAAGCCGCGAAGUUUUGAUGACGCAUUGUACGUUGACUACAAACACAAAUGCUACUAGAAUCUUAAGGUUCUAUCAAGUUGUAAUGGUAGCUGAUGUGAUCAUCGCUGUAUGUGAUGGUUGUUUAGCUUGUGUGACUAGUAGAAAGAAAAGUAGAAUAGUGACGUUGAUCCACAGCAAGCGGUUUAGUCGGUAAGCUAACAAAGGGGUAGAUUACAACAAGGGUAUAUAUUAGGUGGUAUGAAAAGUGUUGAGCUACUAAAAGUUUGUAUAAAAAGUAUUGAGCUACCGGAGUCUAUACCAGAAAAUUUUUUUUUGCGCAACAACAGCAACUAUUUAUUAUCAGCAAAUCGUCGUCCACACAAAAAUACAGUCAAAUGUUUAAGAAUCAGUAGAUGCCAUGUCCGGCGUGUAUAGAGGAUGAUUAAGAACUUCAUAUCCAAGCCCCUAGAACUUAAUUUCCAAACCCCUUCAGUUUUUCUUGCCGUUUUUACCACAUGAGGGAGGACAUUGUCGUGCAAGAUGAUCGGACCUCUUCUCUUCAGCAUUGACACGGAAAAUGGCAGGACAUGUAAUUGAUCUGGUUACAAUAAGGAACUUAUGGUUUGACCGCGUUUUAUGAAAUUGUAGUAAAUUAGUCCGCAACUACACCAUAAAACUGUCAAGAUAAUCUUAUUUUGUUGCAGUUCUAGCUUUGAAAACUGGCUGGCCGAUUGUCCAGAAUGAGAGCAUGGUUUAGACACUUCAUAAUCUAAGACCCUUCUGUUUAUCUUGGGUUGUCUUGGCCACACAAGGGAGGGCAUUGUCAUACAAAAUGAUUAGAUCUCUUUGUCUCAGCAAGCUCAAUACUUUAACCUAGUAGUAACGAACUGCAAAAGCAGAGCAUGAAGCUACAUUUAAUUAACGGGAAUACUUUAGAGACUACGAUAACUACACAUUAUCUCGUGCAUAUCAAGAAAACGAAAACGGUAGGAUACUGUCAAUGGUGUUUCCAGUUACAACUGCCUUUGCUUUUGGUCAUAUUGUAUACGCCGGUUUGGCAACAGUUUUCAGAGUUUUUUUAGUGAACCCAGAUGAUUAUCGAGAUUUUGAAACUUAUAUUGACAAGAAAAUCAUACUACUGUCUAUUACAGAAGGCAUCCAUAUGGUACGGUUUUUUUUUGUACUUACAAACAUAUGUAAUUACAAACCUACCUAUGCUUAUUUUGUGACGUUUUUAAUGCAUUACAUUAAUUUUCACGCACAUUAGGAAGUUUUUUUAAAUAUGAAUACAUACGUUUCAUGUUAUGUAUAAAAAUAUUCUAAAACUAAUUUUUAGAUAUUCACUACAACACUGAUGGUAGUCAUACAAAUGUACUGCAGAAUGGGCGAACGAUUAAUGAACGAGAAGAUGGCAAAGGUUCAUAAACCAGAUACAGAUAUUACGUUUAAAUUGUUUAAUCAACAAAUUAAUUAUAUUAAAGGUAGUAAAUAG